GUCAACGAAGCCAUCGAAUGGAUGAAACAGUUGACUGACUUCAAGCUCUUAUGGAUCGAAGAGCCCACUCAUCCACACGACGCGUUAGGACACGCGACCAUCUCGAAGGCUCUGGCGCCGUAUGGCAUAGGAGUGGCCACUGGAGAGCAGUGUCCCAACAGAAUUAUAUUCAAACAACUGCUUCAGUCAAAGGGAUUCCAAUUCUGUCAAAUAGAUUCGUGUCGUGUGGGCGGAGUGAAUGAAAAUCUGGCCACUAUUCUAAUGGCCCAUAAAUUCGGAAUUCCCGUUUGUCCGCACGCGGGAGGUGUUGGACUUUGCGAAUACGUUCAGCACUUGUCAAUGUGGGACUUCGUGGCAGUGAGCGGUUCCAUGGAGAACAGGAUGACUGAAUACGUGCACCAUUUGAACGAACACUUUGAAAACGCUGCCUCAGCUAAAGCGGGCCGAUAUUUGGCGCCCAAACAGCCCGGAUAUUGCUGUCACUUAAAGGAAGAGUCGCGGAAAGUAUAUGAAUUCCCGAACGGAACUUAUUGGUCACAAAAGCAAUAAAAAUAAUAGUAAAAUAAUAACUGUUAUUAUUUAGAAUUAAAUAUACAAAUAGUGAUAAAAAGUUUAUUAAAUCAGUAGUUAAUCCUUAAUUAAAGAAAUCGCU